CAAGGCUUGUCGCAUACAUAUGACGUAACACCACGCCCCGCCCCCCCAACGAGAGGAAAAUGGCGGAAUACCUGGCGUCCAUUUUCGGGACAGAGAAAGACAAGGUGAAUUGUUCGUUCUACUUUAAGAUCGGAGCUUGUAGACAUGGGGACCGCUGCUCCAGACUCCACAACAAACCCACCUUCAGCCAGACCAUAGCCCUGUUGAACAUUUACCGGAACCCUCAGAACUCGGCCCAGUCUGCUGACGGCCUGCACUGUGCGGUCAGCGAUGUGGAGAUGCAGGAGCACUAUGACCAGUUCUUCGAGGAGGUGUUCGCUGAGAUGGAGGAGAAGUACGGGGAGGUGGAGGAGAUGAACGUCUGUGACAACCUCGGAGACCACCUGGUGGGAAACGUCUACGUCAAGUUCCGGCGGGAGGAGGAUGCAGAGAAGGCGGUCAUGGACCUGAACAACCGCUGGUUCAACGCCCAGGCCGUCCACGCAGAGCUGUCCCCCGUCACCGACUUCAGAGAGGCCUGCUGCCGGCAGUACGAGAUGGGGGAGUGCACUCGGGGGGGCUUCUGUAACUUCAUGCACCUGAAGCCCAUCUCCAGAGAGCUGAGGAGGGAGCUGUACGGCCGCCGCAGGAAACGGUCUCCUUUACCUUUGGGGAAAACGUCAUCGGGUCAAGGAGAGAGGAAAAGGCACCGCUCGCGAUCCCGUGAGCGCCGUUCCCGCUCCAAGGAGCGCGGUCGAGGUGGCGGCGGAGGCGGCGGCGGCGGAGGAGGCGAAGCUGGCGGCGGCGGCGGCAGAGGCGGGGGAGGCGGAGGCGGGCGGGAAGGCGGGCGUGACGGAGGCCGUGAUGGAGGGCGCGACGGCGGCCGUGACCGCGAACGGCGGCGCUCCAGAGACCGGGAACGCUCCGGGAGAUUCUAACCACGCCCCCUCCAGCCCAGCCCCGCCCCCGCCCGGGAGGUGUAUUAAACGUUGAAAAUGUUUUGUGAUUCGUUUUCUUUUUUUUAAGGACCAGCUUGUGUCGUUUCCUCUUUUUGUUAUUAGUUUUUUUUUUUUUUGCAAUAAAAACAAUUUGUUACUCUUUA